GCGCCAGUCAGUGGAGGGAGAACCGCCGGAGGGGAGGGAUCACAAUUACGCUGCUCUGACUUUCAUAUCACGGGGGCUUUACUUGAUAUAAAUAAAGUGUUCGUGCAUGUGUGUGUGAUUUCCUGGACACAUAAGGUAAUACUACACCUGACUGGAUGAUAUGAAAGAGACGUGAUGGACAGAGGCCGUAGAGAGAGGGAGAGGGAGUGUGAUGGUGUGUAGCCCAGUCAUCAUGUGUCCCCUGUCCUCCUGUGUUACCUGAUUGAGGUUACAAUGCCCUUCAAGCUGCGCCUCAAGAAGACACGCCAGUACAAUGUGUUGUCUCGCAAUGUCCUGGUCAUCAGCGUGGAGCUCCUGGACAAGACGACUCUGGAGUGCACCCUCUCUGCAGACUCUACUGGACAGGACUGCCUCCACAAUGUCUGUCAGCGCCUCUCACUCCACCAGCCUGAGUUCCUGGGCCUGCGUUACAUGAGCAAGAAGCCGUAUCCAAAGGUGAGAUGGGUUGAGCUAGACAGGCCCCUUAAGAAGCAGCUUGACAAGUAUGCUCAGUCCCCCACACUGGCCCUCGCUGUUCUCUACUACAUCCACGACGUUGCCCUCCUGCAGGAUGAUGUGACCAGGUCCCACUACUUCCUACAGGUGAAGCAAGAUGUUCUGGAGGGGAAACUGCGCUGUAACCACGAGCAGGCCGUCCUUCUUGCCUCAUACAGCCUGCAGGCUGAGUUUGGAGACCAUCAGCCAGACCGCCACACGGCAGAAUACCUCAAGGACUUCAAACUCUUCCCUAAGCAGAUUGGCAGUGAGGGAGAGGUGGGUGCCCUGCUGGAAGCCGUGGUGUGGCAGUAUUCAUCCCUGCAAGGACUGGCACAGGCCCUCGCUGAGACUUACUAUAUCCUAGAGGCUCAGAGGCUGGAUGGAUAUGGCCAGGAGACUUUCAUGGCCAGGGACGAGAGGGGCAGUGAGGUCUACCUGGGCACCUCAUUAAUGGGUAUUGAUGUACGACCUGCUGCAGGACACACCCAUGUCUUCUACAGGUGGAACGACAUAACGAACCUGGUGAACAACAAGCGAAACUUCGGUAUCGAGUGUCAGAGGACAGAUGAGACUGUUCAUUUCACCUUUGACGAGCCUGACGCUGCCAAAUAUGUGUGGAAGAUGUGUGUGAAACAGCACACCUUCUACAAGCGCAAUCAGGAGGUUCUGGAGGGCGGCACGGGGCCAGAAACACGCAGCUUGGCCAUCCCCGACCUGCAGAGCUCUGUCAUGUCCACCAACACCACGGCCAACACCACACAGCUGCACCACCACUCGCACCACCUCAGCUCCUCGCACGACAUGCUGGACAGUCGAGGAGGGCUGGGAGAAGUAACAUUAAGGAGCUCAGCCGACCAACAAGCCCUGGCCACCUUCUCCACCACCCUGCCCCAGUUUGAGCUCUCCUACAUACAUCAUUCAGCUGAAUCAAGUGGGGGUCACCUUGGGUCAGCAGUGGAGUCUACAGGGUCACAGCUGAUGACUGACCCUUCCUAUGGCCUCCUUUCCCAGUCUGCUUACUCCCUCAACACUUCCCACCACCCACAGCAAACCCAGGUGGUCCUUGCAACUCACAGCCAAGUGUCACAGCAGCAGCAACAGCAGCAGACACAGCAGCAACAACAGCAGGCACAGCAACAGCAGCAACAGCAGCCCCAAACACCCUCCCAGCAGCAGAACCAGCAGCAGCAGUCACAGCUCCAACAUGAGGCAGCAGGCCAGCAGAUUGCCCUCUACUCCUCAAAUCUCAGCCUUCCGUCCACUAGAGGCAGCUUCAGGAGGAGUCUGCUGCCCCAGUACCGACCGGCCCCUGACUAUGAGACAGCCCUGGUGCAGAAGUAUGGCCCAGGAGUGAACCCAGCCAACAUCCGCGCCACCAUGCUCUACUCCUCACAGCCGGAGAUCUCAAAUUCUCACGUUCUGGAGGGCACGGCACAUGAAGUGGCACGUGCAUCAGGAGGCCUUGGCAGUUACAGUCACUACAAGGGUUACACAGACUUGUCCCAGCACCCUGACCCCUCCGUACCUCAACUCAGCAGGUCAGCCGGGAUCCUCAUGCCUGGCCCUCUCCACAACACUUAUAGCACCCCAGAACUUGCAUCACCCUCCCGCGGUGAACUCCUGGAGGAGAGAAGGGAGGGGGCACAGGAGGAGGUGAUGUAUGGCAAGCCACCCCCACCCUACCCCUACCACAAGCCCUCCAGCAACAGCACCCCGGACUUGGCCUCCACCACACAGGGCGGCAGCCAAAGCCCAGAUCUGGCGUCGCGGCGGCGGGCACUGCUGACAGCCUCGCUGGGCUGCCUGGGCUCGCCAGACCUGUCCCGCACCUACGAGAACCUGGCAGACCUGAGCGAGGCGGUGGAGAGCCUGCGUCAUGAGCUGUCCCGAACCACGGGGGAGGGUGGCACAGCCUUUCUGUCCUCCCUGCACCCCUUCAACACCACCUACCACAACUCCUGCAAUGAGCUGGAUGCCAUCUACCAGCUCAGCGAUGGCCGGGUGUCCAUUGCCCCUGCCCCUCCGGCACAAUACCCCCCCACCUCACACUACCCUCCCUCACAGUUUCCUCAGCAGUAUCCCGCUGGGGCAGCAUCAGGGGCACCCCAGGAGCCCAUCUACCAGAACAUUGCCGCUCUCAGGACAGAGGACGCCAGGGAGCGCGCCCGCUCUGCCCCAGAGAUGGACAACGCAGCCCUGGGUGUGUCCGGCCCUGCCCCACCCAGCCACCUGCUGGGCCAGCUGCCGGAGGAGGUGCAGGGCAGCCGCGGCCGCACUGUAUCCCAACCAGCCAGGCAAGCAGCCCUGGAUACCCAGCUGUACCUUGGGGAGCAGCAGCAGCAGCAGCAACAGCAACAGCGCGGCCCCAUCGAGGCCAUCAACGCCACCAUGGGUCAGAUCCCCAUGUUCAGCGCCCAGCAGGAGCUGCGCCACAACCACCACCACCUCCUGCACCUGCAGCAGAUGCAGGCACUCUCCAUGCAGCAGCAACAGCAGCAGCAGCAGCUACAGCAGCAGCUACAAUUACAUCAGCAUAAGGAACAGCAGCUACAACUACAGCAGAAGGAGCAGCAACAACAGCAGCAGCAGCAGCAACAGCAGCAUCUACAGCUACAAGCACAACAGCAGCAACAGAAACAUGUGCAGCACCAAGUGAAUCAGCAGAGGCAGCAGCAGCAGCAGCAGCAGCAGCAGCAGCAGCAGCAACAACAGCAUCAACAACAACAAAUUCAAGAACAGCAGAGACAACAGCAAGACCAACAGCGACAACAACAGCAGCAGCAGCUAAGACAGUCACAGUCACAGGCAGCAGCAGCAGCAGGAGGAGGAGCAGCAGGAGCAGGCCAGCAGGGGAAGCAACAGUCAGCACAGCAGGAGUCAGGCAGCGGCGGGGAAGCAUCGGGUACCAAACUGUCACCGCGCAAGAAGUGGGGCGCUCCGAGUGGCCAGCGCAUGGUGCUAGCGGGGCAGGCAGAGACGGUGAUGCCCUGGGAGACACACGCCCCGCAUGACAGAGGCAAGAGGCGACAGGAGGCGGAGGAGUCGUCCCAGUCCAGGAGUCGUGUCUCAUCCCUUGACUCCAUCCUGGGUCCUGAGUCCAAAACUAAAGGCAGGGAGUCUUCACAGGACCCUCUGGACACCACCACCACAACCACCACCACCACCUCCAGCAGGCAAACCUCAGCAGGGAGUCGGGGGGCCGAGGGUGGUGCCACGGCAGGCAGUGGGGCCAAGGGUGCCACGCCGGAUGUGCUGAGGGGUGCCACACCUAAGGGACCUAAAGACCCCAGGGCUGUGCAGUUAGAAGGACGUCUAGUGAAGGGGGACAUUCUGCAGGAGUUUGAGGCCAUUCCUAAAAUCAAAGCAGGAGCAGUCUUCACCACAGCAACCAAGGCAGAGAACAGCGCCAGGAAUAGGUACAAGGAUAUUGUGCCCUAUGAGGAGAACCGAGUCAAGCUUACCCCCACCAAGGACAACAAGAGUGGAUACAUCAACGCAUCUCAUAUCACGGCAAGUGUUGGGGAGAGCCAGCGUUUCUACAUCUGUUGCCAGGGUCCCCUUGCCAACACAGUGGCUCACUUCUGGCAGUGUGUGUGGGAGGCUGACGUUUACCUGGUGGUCAUGCUUACAUCAGUCAUCGGGGACACAGCCACCAGCAAGAGCUUCCCCUACUGGCCACAGACUGAUAAUACGAGUGUGGAGUGUGAUCAGUUCCGAGUGUUCCGCAAGCACAGCACGGUCAGCCGGUCACACGUCACCAGUCGCCUGCAGGUGGUCCACAUCCCCACACGCAAGAGCCGCAACAUCUGGCACCUGCAGUACACAGACUGGGCGGACCAUGGAUGCCCUGAGGACCUGCUGGGCUUCAUCAGCUUCCUGGAGGAGCUGUCAACACUGCGGCGCUACACCUACAAGGAAGUGAGAGGCGUGGGACGCAACCGCAACACCCCCGUCCUGGUGCACUGCUCAGCCGGCGUGGGGAGGUCAGGCGUCACCAUCCUGUGCGACCUUCUGCUGGAGGCGACGGACCACAACCUGCCGCUGGACCCUCCCAAAGUCCUGCAGCACCUGAGGCAGCAGCGUAUGGCUCUGGUGCAGACCAUAGCGCAGUACAAGUUAGUCUAUCAGGUCCUGCUGGCUUACCUCAAUAGGGCACGGCUAAUCUAGUGAAGGGUGUUGGUAGCAGUGUUGAGUGGCUGGAGAUUGAGGACUGAGGCUGCUGGAGAGGUGAGGUGCCAGGGAUAACAUGCCAGAGAAAGAGAGAAGGCAGAGAGUAAACGCCAGGAUGCCAUAUAUAACCUGUACUUCAAUGCCAUCAUCACUCGCUCCUCGGAGUCACAUUUGUAACUUGUGCCGACUCAUACUCACUCUUAUACUCACUCACAGUCACUCAUGCCUUCUCCGACCACCUGAUAUCCAUGGAAAUAUCAGUGUUGGUCUUACAUCACCCCCUACUACCUUUUACCAGUGUUAGAGGUCUUACAUCACCUCCUACUAUCUUCUACCAGUGUUAGAGGUCUUACAUCACCCCCUACUACCUUCUACCAGUGUUAGAGGUCUUACAUCACCUCCUACUAUCUUCUACCAGUGUUGGAGGUCUUACAUCACCUCCUACUAUCUUCUACCAGUGUUAGAGGUCUUACAUCACCUCCUACUAUCUUCUACCAGUGUUGGAGGUCUUACAGCACCUCCUACUAUCUUCUACCAGUGUUAGAGGUCUUACAUCACCUCCUGCUACCUUAUACUUAGUGCCUUAUCCAUCUUCUGACCUCAGACUUUAUCUUACCACCUGAUAUCAGUAUUAGGGGCCUUACACUAAUACUUAUACCUAAUAUUUACUACCAUAUCAGUCUCACACCUUCUUACUCUACCCUAACACCUGAUAACCUAAAAAAUAUCAGUAUUAGGGGCCUCAUAAAUCACCUACUACCUUAUACUCACUCCCGAAUCAGCCUCAUACUCUUGUGCUUCACUUGAUACUUACUGCGUUGUCAGUCUUACAUCUGUAUAACUGAUACCAACUGAUGACCACACCCUUGUAGCCAACAGGUGACUCGUGUGACCUAAGAUGACCUGGGUAAACACUUCUAGGUCAUCUGGUUAACUUUGCCAAGCUUCGUUAUCAUUGUCGUCGUUAUCGUAUCAUACAGUGUUCAGUUUUAUUUAUUUAUUUAUUUUUAUUUUUAUUUUUUUUUUUUUUUUUUUUUUUUAUUUUAUUUAUUUUUUUUUUUUUUUUUUUCUCCCUCCCCUGUGUGGUGUUUUAUUUUUGUGUCUACAGUGAAUGGUUUCCUUCCUUGUUAUUUCCUAUUUUUCUCAGCAGGACUUGUUUUUCAAAGGCCACAGAGAUAAUUAGUUUGAUCUUUUCUACAUCUUUCUAGUUAGUGCAGAAUCCUUGUUGAACACAUGAACACAGCACCAAAAGAUAGAGUAGUGUUGACAUGCUAUGCUCGUGUUGUAUUCGGGACAGUUUCAAGGCCUGUAACACAUUGACAUUUCACUGCAACACCACAAGAUAGAAUGGCAUUAAUGUGUUAGGUUUGUGUGGUGUGUGUUGCUUGUGUUGUGUUCCAAGGCCUGUAACACCACUACAACACUUUUGAAAACCACAAUAACUUCCACUACAGUCUGUCAAACUAUCACUGGCAUCAUGAAAACACCUUUGAAAACCACAAUAACUUCCAAAACCCCCUUGAAAAUCUUUAUAACUUCCAGUACAACCUGUCAAACUUUCACUAGCAUUAUGGAAACACCCUUGAAAACCCUAAUAAUUUCCAAAAACACCCUUGAAAACCGCAAUAACUUCCACUACAGCCUGUUAAACUAUCACUAGCUUCAUGAAAACACCCUUGAAAACUACAAUAACUUUUACUACCAUCCUUAUCAACCCUGUUGACUUCCACUGAACCCUUUUAGAUGUGAGGGAAAAGAGAUGCUGCUGAGAUGUCUAGGAAUAUACUACUUGAUCUCAUUCCUCUCCCUUGUGCUUUACGGAGUCUUUCUCUCGUCUUGGCCCUCCAGUACAGUGCCUUGUGAAUCCCUGUGAACUAAGUGCCAGACCUUCCCUCACUAAGUGUCUUGCCUUCCUUUGUGGUGAGUGAUCGGCAAUUAUGAUGCCAUUCCUGAUCUAGUUCUCGUCAUAUCUGAUACUUGUGCUAUGGCUACUGUUGCUGUUAUUGCUUUUGCUGAUGUUACUGUUGUUGUUGUCUCUAUAUCUACUACUACUACUACUACUACUACUACUAUUACUACUACUUAAAUCUUGUGAUAUUUCAUAUUUGUUAGACCUUGCAGUAUUUAAUUCUUUUAUCCACACAAUUUAAUCUAGACAUCAGAACAGAAAACAUAACAAUGUAUUUUAUUGAUAACUUAAAAGAGUUUUAUAUGAGUCUUGCAAUACUUAAUUUUUAUUUUACUUGUAUUCUCAUCUCCAUUUGAAAAAAAGAAAAAAUCCAAACCAAAAAAAAGCAUCAGUUGUUUUUACAUACAACUUAAAAAAAUGCAUAUAGAAACAUUUAAAAAAAAUAAUGUUUUACAUAUAACUUGAAAAUACAUAAAAAAGCUUAUUCAAAAAGCAUCAAUUUUUAUGUAUACCUUUCAAAAUACUUAAAAAAGAAAACAAGACACUAAAAGAAUCAAAGAAGUAUCAGAUUUUAUGUAUAUCUCUCAAAAUAUGUAAAAAGGAAAAGAAAACAAAAAAAUAACCUUUUAUGUAUAACCUUAAAACGCACAGCCAAAAAAGAACAUCCAUUUUUUACGUAUAACUUUCAAGACACAUAAAAAGGAAAACAAUGAUACGUAAAUCACACAUCAAUUAUUAUACUCAAGUCUGUAUAGCAACAUAGACGUACACUUUUAUACACUUUUAUACUUCACACACAGACAUACAUACCUUUAAAACCAAGUCUGUAUCGUGAUAUAGACUAUAGACUAACAUACACACCUCAUACUUUAUACAUAGAUAUAUACUUUGAAGCUUCCUGUGCUCCUGGGCUGGCUGGUGGGAAGGUUGGCAGCACUGGUGAUGACUAGGGUGAGAUUGCAAUAGUGUAGCAAUGGACCAGUCACCCUUAUGUUGGUCUUUGCCAGGAGAGAGCAACAGGAGGGGUGACUGUGUGUGUGUGUGUGUGUGUGUGUGUGUGUGUGUGUGUGUGUGUGUGUGUGUGUGUGUGUGUGUGUGUGUGUGUGUGUGUGUGUUUUCCUGGCUGGGCAAUCAUUAGUUUUUACUUCGCACGAACUUAACGAACGGCAGUUACGUAUAUAUAUCCGUGUAAUAUCGUUCGUACGUAUGUUUUGUAUGUAUUGCUAGUACUACUACUACUACUACUAUUACUACUACUUCUACUCAAGGCAGCGUGUUAAUUUGCAUUAUCAGCAUUAAGGAGAUGUAAGCUAAUUUUUACUGUGUGUGUGUGUGUGUGUGUGUGUGUGUGUGUGUGUGUGUGUGUGUGUGUGUGUGAGAGUGUAAUCUUGCGUCCAGUACAAAUUGUCGUGUGUGUGUGUGUGUGUGUGUGUGUGUGUGUGUGUGUGUGUGUGUGUGUGUGUGUGUGUGUGUGUGUGUGUGUGUUUGUUUGUUUUUCUUACUUCCUUUUCUCUCUCUCUCUCUCUCUCUCUCUCUCUCUCUCUCUCUCUCUCUCUCUCUCUCUCUCUCUCUCUCUCUCUCUCUCUCUCUCUCUCUCAUAAGGGCCACUAGGGCUGCUGCUGUUUGGUCUUCCUUUGUGUUCCUUCGUGUAUCUUGUUGCUCGCUGCAAUCUACUGACUUCAGAACAAUUUGAUGUAUUUAUAACCAAAGUCUAUUUUGGCAGUAAAAAUUGUGUUUUUUAUUAUUAAACU